CCAUCCCAAAAUCAUUUUAUAAGCUCGAUUAAGUUUGUUCUGUUUACCUUAGCUGUCUAUAUCUAACACCUAUGCACUGGGGAGUGUCCCAAGAAGACUUUGGUUAACAUCCAGCACGUGGGAGAGUCCCAUUCCUGCCAUGUGAGGGCACACAACACAAGUACCCGGCUCGCUUCGGAACGCCAGACAGCCGGAACCAAAGCGCGGGUGCUCGAAUUUCCGGGCGAACACGCGCGUGAGUUACGACGACUCGAUUGCUUUUGCCUGGCGCAGGCCUUCUGGGCGAGGACCGCGCGCCGGGUUCGGAGGAAAGGCGCGGCGUCCUGGACGUCCUUUUGUGAGAGGGCGCUGGAGCACCUGAGACUGCCCUGGCCGCGCCGGGUCUGUUUAACUGAGCGACCUGGCGGGUGGAAUAGACAAAGAAUAUUGACGAAGAAUAUAGAAGUUAAGACAUGUUUGCACACGCGGUGAGGCGCGCCUUGCGCAAGAACAAGACCCUUCGCUACGGAGUCCCCAUGUUGUUACUGGUUGUUGGAGGUUCUUUUGGUCUUCGGGAGUUUUCACAAAUCCGUUAUGAUGCUGUGAAGAUUAAAAUUGAUCCUGAAUUGGAAAAAAAAUUGAAAAUGAAUAAAGUAUCAUUGGAAACAGAGUAUGAGAAAAUAAAGGACUCUGCUUUUGAUGACUGGAAGAACAUUCGAGGACCUAGGCCCUGGGAAGAUCCUGACCUCCUCCAAGGACGAAAUCCAGAAAUCCUUAAGACAAAGACAUCUUGACUGUGAGGAUUCUUUGUGUCUCUUUGAACUUUAAAUAAAAACGUUAACUGGAAUUUCUACUUCAUAUACCUAUGGACGAAAAUUUCCAGACCUGCAGAAGCCUGGGUGUGAGAUUCGAUGACAGAUAAGCUUGAUAGAAAGUUAAAGUACAGGCCUUUAACACUGCCCAGCAGAUGGAAGUAACAAUGUUGACUACAUGUAUUUUAUAUCACUCAAUAAAAUUUGACUC